GGUGUGACCUUUUUGUGGCUUUGGUGCUUAGUGUUUAAGCUUAAGCUUAAUCUAGGAGGAAUCCAGAGGCCGAGAGAGAAAAGAGUCCUCCGUGGUUCACCAACACACUAUCCAGAGGACCCCACCCACCAUCUAUUCAUUCAUAAAGAGAGAAAUUAAUAAUUUAAUAAUCACUAUUAACGGUGAUUCCAUUUCCAUAAUAGAGAAGAGUAGAGCAGAGUGUGAUUAAAUCAAAACAGUGGUGUUCAAGUGCAGUUGCAUUGUUGUGGAUCCAUCGUAUUCAUGGGUAGCAUCCAAGUAGCUGAAGCUGAAGAACAAGACACACACACAGUCUUUGUUGCGGUGGGAAACAACAUUCACAAGACCCAACAACUAUUGCAUUGGGCUUCGCACAAUUUCCCUUCCAAAUCAAUUUGCCUCCUUCACGUUCACCAUCCUCACCCUAUCGAUUCCUCCCCAGAUAGAAACCCUUAUAGGGAUGAAACACGAUCUCAUUCAUUCUUGGACAAUGAAAGUAAAAAAAUCCAUGAACUCUUGGACCAAUAUGUUGCCACUCUUGUCCAAACAGGGGUAAGGGCACAUAAAUUGUUGAUUGAGAUGGACAAUAUUGAGAAAGGGAUUAUGGAAGCAAUUGCUCAACACAAUAUUAGAUUGCUUGUAAUUGGAGCUGCAGCAGACAGAUAUAACUUGGGGAAAUUGGCUGAGCAAGAGUCAACAAAGAUUAUUCCUGUACAUAAACAAGCAGUUCCAUCAUGUAAUAUUUGGUUCAUUUGCAAUGGCAACAUCAAAUGUACCAGGGUAGAUAGUAAACGUACACCUGAAAUAGAGACUGCCCCUCCACUGUUGGUGCACAAUUCAAAUGCAGAAGCCGAACAAUCACAGAAGUUUGAAUAUGAAUCGAUUCCUAAUGGAUUGGAACAUUUAGAUUCUGAUGAUGUGGAAGAAAUUGAAACUGUCAGUUCCCACAGUUCAUUACGUUCAAAAUGGUCCUCCAUUAGUGUUGCUGACAGUUCAAAGUUGUCAGGAUUGCUGUUUUGUGAGGAGGAGGUAGAUGGUGAAAUUGAAGACAAAAGUGAAAUAAAUGGUAGACUAGAAGAGUCCACUAGAGAUUCCAAAAGCAUGAGGCGAAAAGAAUUUGAAGAGGCUUUAAAGCAGUGGAAAGUCAAAGAAAGUUCUUUGGAGGAUGAAGCAUUAGAAAUGGAAAGCCUGUGUGCUAAGGAGAAAAACAAAAGAAGAGAAGUUGAAGAACAAUUGGCCAGAGAGAAGGAAGAAUUACAAAAAACAAGGAAUCAGCAAGAUGAAAUAAUGUAUGAGUUGCAAACUGUCCAAGAACAAAAUUCAGCACUUGCUAACCAACUUUGUGAGACACAGGAAGCAGCAAAAGAGUUGGAGGAGAAGAUUUUAUCAGCUGUGGACCUCUUGAUAAGUUUCAAGGAAAAACGAGAUAGACUGCAGAUAGAGUGCGCAAAUGCAGUAAGGCAAGUCCGAGUGCUGAGGGAAUUUGGAAAGUCACAUACUUCAUUUUCUUAUGCGGUAGAAUUCCCUGUAUUUUCUUUCAUGGAGAUCAAUCAGGCAACUAAUGAUUUUGAUCCAUCUUGGAAGAUUGGAGAAGGAAGAUAUGGAAGUGUUUACAAAGGAGUGCUUCACAAUAUGCAUGUUGCUAUAAAAAUGUUACCUUCUUAUGGCUGUCACAGCCAAUUGGAGUUUGAACGUCAGGUAGCAGUUUUGAGUCGGGUGAGACAUCGAAACCUGUUGACACUGAUUGGAACCUGUGCCGAGUCUAGGUCACUUGUGUAUGAAUAUCUAAAUAAUGGCAGCCUUGAAGGUCACCUUGCCCGCAAAGAGAAGUCUCCACUUCCAUGGCAAAUUCGAAUAUCCGUUGCUGCUGACAUAUGUUCUGCUCUAAUUUUUCUUCACUCUAGCGAGCCUAGUAUUAUACACGGGAAUUUGAAAGCUAGCAAGGUUCUCCUUGAUGCUAACUUUGUUGCCAAACUUGCUGACAUUGGCAUUCAUGGUUUAGUUGAGAAGAAUGUGGAUUCAGCUGACACAACAACAACACACAACAAACCAAAUGAAAGUUUGGCAUAUGUUGAUCCAGAGUAUCUUGCCACUGGCAAAUUCACUCCAGAAUCGGAUGUGUAUUCAUUCGGAAUCCUGUUGUUGCAACUUCUAACCGGAAGACCACUUUUGGGGCUAGUCAGAGAUGUCAAAUGUGCAUUGGAAAAGGAUAACCUUGAAGCAGUAUUGGACUUCUCAGCUGGUGAGUGGCCACUUGAUCAAACUAUACAUCUGGCCUAUUUAGCAUUGAGAUGUUGUGACAAGACUUGGCUGAACCGGCCGGACCUCACAUCAGAUAUUUGGGAUGUUCUUGAACCAUUCAGAACUACAUGCAUGAACAUGCCGCCAUAUUUGACAUCCAAGAAACAUCGCCGCACUCCAUCCCACUUUGUAUGCCCCAUUGUGCAGGAGGUAAUGGAAGAUCCGUACAUAGCUGCAGAUGGCUUUACGUAUGAAGCCGAGGCAAUAAGAGAAUGGUUGGAUAGUGGUCACGACACUUCCCCCAUGACAAACCUCAAGCUUGAGCACACAAAUUUAGUGCCUAAUUAUGCAUUACAUAAUGCAAUUCAAGAGUGGCAGCAACUACAGUGAAAAUGUUCCAUAAUCCAUAGUCAAAUUACACAUACAUGCACAUAUGGGGACGAAAUGGAGGGGAAUGGAAAGUUUUAAUUAUACCUUCCUCUUUUCUGUUUUUUUUUUUUCUUUGUUAAAUUAUAUUGUAAUUU